AUGGCAGAGUAUUGGCAACAGAUUAGACUCAGCUACCUCAGGUACUCCCAGAUUUGUACAAAAGCCAUGAGAGAUACACUGAAGACAGAAUUCAAAGCAAAUGCUGAGAAGACUUCUGGCAGCAGCAUAAAAGUUGUAAAAGUCAAAAAGGAAUAA